AGAAGUAUCUCACCUUCCCGUGCGCAGCUCACAACCGAGACGCACACCGGCGCGCACACUGCGCACAGGACCGUAACCGCACGGUGGAUAUUCGAGUGUUUGGAUUUAUCGCAGAGAUCUUUCUUCGGGUUUUUUGGUUUGUUUCUGUCACCGCUGGUUGUUUAUGUUUACAUGCCAAAGCUGGGGAAACACACCGCAACACGACACACUUUCGCGCGGAGCUUUAAAGUUAUCGCCACGAUAAUUGGUUAUCGGAUGGACCAGCACCCCAGCGCCCGGAGCUGCACCAGUCGCGGGGCUUCGUCCUGUGAGGCCGUCCCGACGGAGCCCUCCAUGAAUCUGUACAUCCACUCCACCACCGGCACACGCUUCGAGCUCUCCCUCCCCCAGGAGGAGACCGUGGACGGACUGAAGAGGAGGCUGUCGCAGAGGCUCAAAGUGCCGAGAGAGAGACUCGCGCUGCUGCACAAAGAGACGCGACUAAGUUCAGGCAAACUCCAGGACCUCGGCAUCUCCGAUGGGAGCAAGUUAACGCUUGUACCAACAGUCGAAGCAGGUUUAAUGUCUCAAGCAUCAAGACCCGAGCAGUCAGUGAUGCAAGCCCUGGAGAGUCUCACGGAAACUCAGGUCAGUGACUUCCUGUCCGGCCGCUCCCCCCUCACCUUGGCCCUGCGCGUUGGCGAUCACAUGAUGUUCGUCCAGCUCCAGUUGGCGGCGCAGCAGUCCAGCGGCCCGCAGCUCCAGCACAGGCACCUCGUCACCCGGGGCAACGCGGAGCCCGCCGCCGGGCAGCCCGCCGCCGGGCAGCCCCGCGUUCCCCACCCUCACCCGCACUCCCACCGCCCCCAUCACCCGCAGAGCCACCCCGCGCCCCACCUGCCCCAGCCCCACCUGGUCCCGUCCUCCCCGUCCUCCCCGGGCUCCCCUUCCUUCCCGCUGCGCUCCGCGCACCAACCAGCCGCUCCCCCCCAUGAAACCUAGUCGCCCUCCCCCGCGCACUGUAGCCCCCCGCCGCCGCCGCACUCCCCUCGCCCGUCCAACGUCCCCGCAGGACUUUUCCGCUCUCCGGCCGCUCACCACCACCAUCACUACCACCAGCCUUCCUCAAGCCAGCCGGGCCAGGACGGCGGCCAGGCCAGCCCCGUAGCCCCGGUCCUCUGCCCCGAGGCCAGCUGCAGCCCCGGCAGCCCCAGCAGCCCCGGCGGCGGCAGCGGCAGUCCCUCAUCACGCUCCCGUAAACCCGGCGCAAUCAUUGAGAGCUUCGUCAACCACGCUCCCGGAGUCUUCUCAGGGACCUUUUCAGGCACUUUGCACCCUAACUGCCAGGACAGCACCGGGCGUCCCAGACGCGACAUCGGCACCAUCCUGCAGAUCCUCAACGACCUCCUGAGCGCCACGCGCCACUACCAGGGCAUGCCGCCCUCCCUCACCCAGCUGCGCUACCAGACCCAGUGCGGCUCGCCCGCCUCCCCGUCCCCCUCGCCGCCGCCCUCGCCCCAGGUCGCUGGCGUGGCGGGCCUCUCCGCCAAAGCUACCUCCGCGCCCGCCGGCAGCCCGAGCGUCGCUGCGCCGACUCUCCACCCGCUGGUGCAGUGCCAGAGUCAGAUCCGCAUGUGCAAACCCCCCGGCGACCGCGUCCGGCAGACGGAGAACCGCGCCACCCGCUGCAAGGUGGAGCGCCUGCAGCUGCUGAUGCAGCAGAAGCGCCUGCGCCGGAAGGCCCGGCGGGACCAGCGCGCGCCGUACCAGUGGCUGCCCAACCGCAAGGCCGGGCGCAGCAACAGCAACAGCAGCAUGUCCAGCGACGGCUCCCUGGACCUGGACUUUGACGACUCGGUGUGGAAGCCCGACGUCAAGGCCGACUUGAAGUCCGAGUUCGUCAUGGCCUGAGGAGAAGAAAAAAAAUAAAGGAGUGGAAGGAGCGAAAGCGUCCGACCCUGUGGGGGGGGAGGGAGAGAGAGAGAGAGGGGGCGGAGUCGACAGCGUGCGAAGCAUCGCCGGGGGAAACUACUUAAAGAGAUCUAUUUGGAAGGAAACGGUAAAUCAAAGCUGUCCAUCGUGGCUCCGUCCCGGCAGACUUUAUCCCCGCCCCUUCACACUCUCCGGCUUGGGGGGGGGGAAAAGCGGCAUCAGCCGACGCUCGGAUUUGGACGGGCAACAACCGGACUCGACAGUGUACGCGACUUUUUAACGCUCGCAGAGACGACGCCUGAGCUCGAGCGGAGCAGGAUUCAGUGGGCGGCGGCGGCGGUGGAGGUAGUUUUCUUUUCUAAGAUACGUUUUUGUUUUUCCAAAGCGCACUCUGGACAGCAAUGAAGAGACUCACACUGGACUUUUCACCGGAGGCCUCGGUGUUUCCUCUGGAAGGGAACCGCCGGACGAUGGAUUACUCCAGCGGGCGUUCUCAUCGAUCUCAAAGCUCACCGACCAGAGUCCAGUUUUUACGGGGUGGUUAAACUUUUCCUUUUUUUUUUUUUUUUCAUUUUGAAACAUAUUAUAUUUUAUAAACAAAAAAAAAA